AUGAAAAUAUUACACGAAAAGUUAAAGGCAGAAAUAAAUUAUCCAGGUGCAAUUACGUCAUUAAGAAAAGAAGUAUCUCUAUUAGGAUUCAAGUGGAAAAGGACAGAAGAUAAUCGCAGAAUCCUUAUGGAGAAACAUGAAAUACGAUAUCUUCGAAUAAUGUUUCUCAUUAAAAUUGCCGAAUAUCGCGCUCAGGGCCGCGCAAUCGUUUAUACUGACGAAACAUAUAUAGACACGUCUGACACUUCGUCGAAAUCUUAUUCAGAUAGAAGCGCCUCUGGUUUAAAGAAACCAGUUUCUAAGGGAAAUCGGUUAAUAAUAGUUAAUGCCGGCGGAGAGUGCGGUUUCAUACCCAAUGCCCUACUCAUGUUCAAGGCAAACCAAAAAAGUGGAAGACAACUGAAUGAAAGACUAUCAUUAUAA